CUCGUGUAUGAAAUGUGCGAUACAAAUAAAUUUGCUUUGCUUUAACAGCCGCAAGGGAACACGCGAUAGGAAAAGAUUCCAGGAGACUGCAGUGGUGGUGACGAGUUUGAAAUUGAAUUCUGAAAUGGAGCAUUGACGUUUACUCCACAUUCAAAGUUCGUCUCAGCAGGACCAGGGGACAUUGCCAGGCCGGGACGGGCCAGAGUGGAGUGGGCAGUGCCAUUGAGCAGGUUGUUUGGAACUGGCCCAAACGUGGCCUCAGAUGACAGUGCUCGUUCGUGUCCAGAAGGUGGCUAACGGGAUGAGGCUCGGUGGGCACGUGGUGGAUUACGAGCCGCGAGAAGAAGGUAAAGAGAUUAGACCCUAAACAGAAUCUGUUAUUUUAACCUCACUGUUGCCGCUCUGACGGGAAGCGGCCCGAGCUCCAGUUGGGAUUCCGAGCGUGUCCCACCCCGUCUCUCCUCUUUUCCUCCCUUUUGCUGCCUCUACUUGUCCAUCCAUGCGGCCGCCUCUGCUGUCCACGGGGAUCCCCCCACGGCGCCCCGAAACUUAGACGGCACUAAUGAGGACACGUACACGCUCUGCAAGAGAAGACCCCCUCGGAAAUUAACCCACCAUGCUUUUUAAAUUAGGACUAUUCUUCUUCAUUUGGUGUCCACUCGGCCUCCAAACAAGUCAGGUUAAAGACAUCCAGGACCAUGGGAUUUCCGGACUCAGGGAUGUGAGGUACCGGCACUUUUUAGAAGCUUCUAGAACAACUAAAUACAACAGUCACAAAAUAGGAGCCGAUGAGGAUGGACAUCGGAGAAAGAGGUCAUCCAUUCUCACGACUGGUGUCAAAGUAUGUCCCCAGGAGUCUGUAAAAGCGGUCAUCGGCAGCCAUCGGGCGUACUACAAGCUCCGAGUUUGUCAGGAAGCCAUUUGGGAAGCCUUUCGUAUCUUCUUGGACAGGGUGCCAAACACAGAGGAGUACCGAUCGUGGGUUCACGUCUGCCAACACGAAAACCUCUGUAUGGACGACCUGGCUCAGAAUUUCAGUAGUUCUCAGGAGCAUCUGGAGAUGGUGGCUCGAAGAGUAGCUGAGGAGGCUGAACUUGAAGGUGUUGUAAUGGAAACGCCAGAACCGGGAGUGGAAUGCGAGUUAAAAACAAGUACCUGGACACCACCGGUGAUUCUCAUUCCGACAGAAAAUGAUAUGACAAAAGAAGAGACUACCUUGACAAAAAACAACUUUGGGGAGUACAUUGUGGAGUUUAACGCCACCAUUGUGGAGCCAUCAUACAUCGAGCUGAUGCGCGACCCACAGGCAGGGGAUGCUGAUGACAUCACCGGAGAAAUAACCGCAAAGAUGCUUCAUGUGCUUAAAAAAAUUCCAGGAUUCAAAGAAAUUCGCAUGUUGGGAUUCAGCUCAGAGGAUGUGAUUGUGCACUACGCGGCGGUUUUUGAUGGCGAUACUGAGCUCAGUGAUGACCCACAGACUCCAGAUGGCCAUACAAAUGUGGAUCCUCCUAAACUGAGGCACAUGAUCGUGAAAGCUUUACAAAAAGAGCCAUCGCUUUUGCUGGAUAUACAGAAUCUAACAUUUCAAGCUGUAUCAACAGCUUACCCAGAUGCAGAACUCACCAUGUACACCACUGGGAGCGGGGAUGUAGUCAAGGUCAUGGAAGGGGACGCGACCUCAAAAUUCUUGCCCACAGUCGCAGCAACUGAAAAUACCUUUGAAAGUACCAAAAUCCAACCUCAAGUACACACCUCUGUGCCUUCCGAACUGACCAACCUUCCAGAACCCACCUCUGAACCCACACUCUUCAUUGAGGCGCCAGUUGCACCAGCAGUGGAGGACGCGUCUUCAGGUGAUCCUUCAGGGGAGAUGAGUGAUGUCACCACUCCAACUACAGCAGCAGAAGCUAUCCCAGAGCAGGAACAAGAGGUGGAUGUCAAGGAAACAAGUUCAUUGGAUAUGAACAGUGGAGAAUCUGAAGCACCAAACACAGGACAGAACGAUUACUUAACCACGUCACCAUCAGACUCCCAUCCUGAAAUAGUGAUCAUUGAUGAAGCUCACCUCCCUGACACAGAAUCUCCAUCGCUGUUUCAUGAGGAUGCAAUUAUAGGCAUGGAGCCAGAGCUCGACAUGCAGCCAAUAUCUUCACCUCCAGACAAAGGCGAUUUCCUAAUAGAAGCCACAAAUGAAUUAUCAAGCAUUGCUUCCACUAAAGCCCCAACUGAAGUCUCCAGUGGCGCCAACAGCAACUUUCCCAAUGAAGUUUCUAUUGAAUUAAUGAGCAAAACCCUUAAUGAAGCCCCCAGUGAGGCUUCGAACGAAGUUUCUAAUGAAGUCUUCAGUGAAACUCCCAGCGACGUUCCUACCAAAAUCUUCAGUAAAGACCUUAGUGAUUUUCCUAGCGUUGUCCCCAACAAGGUCUCCAGUCAAGCCCCCAGUGAAGCCUUCAUCAAGCCCUCCAGUAUAGCCCAUAACAAAAUCCCCAGUGAAUUAUCUAGUGAAACCCCCAUGGAAGUCCCCAGUGCAGUCCCUAGCAGUGUGCCCAACAAGGUCUCCAGUGAAGCUCCUAGUAAUCUCAGCACUGAGCUCCCAAAUGAAGUCUCCAGUGAGGCCCCUUGGGAGCUUCAGAACAAAGUCUCCAUUGAAGCCCCCGAUGAAGUAAUUAGUGAAUCUCCAGGUGACGUCUCCACUGCAUCCACCAGGGAAGACCCCGCAAUUGUCCCCAGUGCAGCCUCCAUUGAAGUUCCCAGUGAAGGCCUCAGUGAAUCUGCCAGCAUUGUGCCCACUGAAGUCUUCAGCGGGGUCCACUCCGGGCCCCCAGUUGAACUCUCUAAUGAUGUAACCACAGGAGAUCCCAUUAUUACCCACAACAAAGCUAGCAGUGAACCCCACAGUGAAGUCUUCAGUGAAGGUCCAAGCGAGGACCCCAAUAAAGCCGCCAACACAGUGUCCAGUGAAGCCCCCAACAAUGUCCCCACUGAACUUCCUAAUGAAGCCUCCAGCAAAAUCUCAAGUGACAGGCCCAUCGAGGUCCCCAUCGCAGUCCCAACAGAAGCCCCCACCAUUGUCUCCAGUGAAGCAAGCAGUGAAGUAUCCAGUGGGAUCCCCAGCCCAGUCCCCAGUGAAAGAGAAGGAGCUGAUUCCAGUGGAGGACACAACGGUGUCACUCCACCCUUGACGAACCUUCCUUCAGAAAACUCUAACAUCCAGGAUGACGUGGAGCCGAAACAGGGUGGGACAGAACUGAAUGAGCCUCUGGAGAUGGAAAGCAGUAGUGUUAUAUACCCGUCAGAGGCUGACGAGCGGUCCACAGCUGCCCCAGCCUCAAAACAAGCCAGCACACCCAUUAUGGCCGCAGUGCAGCAGAGCAGAGAGUUGGUGGUUUUCUUUAGCUUGAGGGUGACAAACAUGAUGUUUUCUGACGACCUGUUCAACAAGACCUCCCCAGAAUAUAGAUCACUGGAGAAUACCUUUCUUGAGCUGCUUUUACCUUACCUUGAGUCCAAUCUGACCGGAUUUAAAGAGCUGGAAAUCCUCAACUUCCGUAACGGCAGCGUGGUGGUGAACAGCAGGCUGAAGCUGGACAAGGAGGUGCCGUACAACGUGACCGAGGCGGUGCACUGCGUGCUCGAAGACUUCUGUAGCGCCGCGUCCAAGCGGCUUGACAUUGAGAUUGAUAGCCGCUCCCUGGAGAUAGAACAAGCUGACGAAGCGGACCCGUGCAAGUUCCUUGCCUGUAAUGAGUUUUCACGUUGCGUGGAGAACAGUUGGAACAGCGAGGCCGAGUGUCUGUGCGAGCCGGGCUACAGCGCUGUGGAUGGCCUUCCGUGUCAGAGCGCAUGCGACCUGCAGCCGGACUACUGCCAUAAUGGAGGCCUGUGUGAAAUCAUUCCGGGACAUGGAGCCACAUGCAGAUGCCCUGUUGGCAAAUACUGGCACUACCACGGAGAGCGCUGCAGCGAGCUGGUGUCGUUGCCGCUUGACCCGUCACUAAUUAUAACCUGCCUCGUGGGGAGCCUCUGCCUCGUGUGCGCCAUCAUCGGCAUUCUGGUGUUCAUUAACAAGAAGUGCGCGGCGACGAGGAAGGCGGUGACUUUGGUGCAAAGCCUCCCUCCUUAUGCCUCUGAAAAUACUUUGAGGGUGAACCCAGUAUAUGAGAAUGACGAUGGCAUCUUAAGCCAGGUGUCCACAUUGCCGUGUCCCUCCAGUGCGGCCUCACUCCACUCUCACCGGUCUGAGCAGGAAGUGUACGCCUCAGUUGAAAACAUACAUCUCAGUAUUGAGAUCCCCAGACAACUCUACACCACAAGAUCCGAAAAGUUAGUGUCGGAGCUGGUGGAUUUCCAUCAAUGCAUCCCGCACAACGAGACAUGGCGACUGCCAGAUGAAUACAGACCGUGUUUUCUUCUGUGGACAUCAGACAGCGAAGGCGGCGAGGCCACCGCGGUGUGACAGCGCGGUGGCGUCCUGGGCCCGAGUUGCCGCGGCAACAAACCGAGCGAAGGAUCUGCGCUUAACUGUAUCUUUGAUGCCACGCCCCCCCCCCACCGAAGCCCUCGUAGAGUGUUAGGUCAUGAAUUGUUCAUAGUGAUGAAAGUGUCUUGCUAGACUGAGCGCUAUGGAUAUUGCAAUAUGUGCGCAUUGAUGUUGUUUUUCAUGAGGAAUCGAAUAUUUAUUACACAUGAUGAAUGGUAGGAAAAUUUCCUGUACGGCAGUUCUUUCCUCACAAUGAGGUAUUUAUUAUUUACAAAAUGACACACUUGGUGGUACCUCACUUUAGACAUUUAUGCGCCACUGUCGCAUCCCAAAAAUAAGAGAAUGUAUGAGCUGAUAAUAUUUUCAAACAAAUUAGGAGUUUAGUUUAAAGCUUCUCUCAGUCUGAUCAUUCAUCUUUGAGGAUUUGGGCUUUUUUGUACACAUUUUACUA